AUGCCUACAGAUUGGUAUCAAUUAAAUCAGUCUUUAAAUAGUACAUCAACUACAUCAAAGAAUCCAACAACAACAACAAAUGAAAUAUCAACUCAAUCUCAAAUAAAACAAAAACAUAAGAAUAAAUUUCAAAAGUUUGCAACUACUGUUGCUGGAGGACAUAGGAAAGGACAAGAAUUAAAUCAACUCUAUUGGCCUGAAGGGAUCUUUAUUGAUAAUGAUAAAUCAAUUUAUAUUGCUGAUUCUUAUAAUCAUCGUAUUGUUAAAUGGAAAUUGAAUUCAAAUGAAGGUCAAAUUAUUGCAGGUGGAAAUGGAAGAGGGAAUCAAAAUAACCAAUUGAAUUAUCCAACAAAUAUAAUUUAUGAUAAAGAAAAUAAUUCUUUUAUUAUUUCUGAUUAUAUGAACAGACGAGUAAUUCGUUAUUUUGAUCAAAAUCAAACAAAUCAACAAAUUCUUAUUUCAAAUAUUGAUUGUUAUGGUCUGGCAAUCGAUAAAAAUGGACAUAUUUAUGUUUCUGAUUAUGUGAAUAAUGAAGUCAGACGAUGGAAACAAGGAGAUAAAAAAGGUGAAUUAGUAGCAGGUGGAAAUGGUCAAGGAAAUCAUCUUAAUCAACUAAAUGGUCCUCAUAAUAUACUUAUUGAUGAUGAUUAUUCUCUUUAUAUAUCAGAUCAGAACAAUCAUCGCGUAAUGAAAUGGAAAAAAGGUGCAAAAGAAGGUGAAGUUGUUGCUGGUGGAAAUGGUCUUGGAAAUAGUCUCAAACAAUUACAUCAACCUCAAGGAGUGAUUGUUGAUUAUUUGGGUCAAAUCUAUGUGGCAGACUGUUGGAAUCAUCGAAUAAUGCGUUGGUGUGAAGGAGAUAAAGAAGGUGAAAUUGUUGUUGGCGGAAAUGGUUUAGGAAAGCAAUUAAAUCAAUUAAAUUUUCCCACAGGUUUAUCAUUUGAUAAUGAAGGCAAUCUUUAUGUUGCUGAUUAUUAUAAUUAUCGAAUCCAAAAAUAUAAAAAAACUCUAAAUUAA